UCCCCAUCAACAUGGCGGAAGCUUAUUUUGUUUGAUGAAAAAAUAACUGGACCGUCUAUAAACUUGGCUCAAAUGCGAUGAAUGAGUUAACCUAGUUUGUUUGCCUAUACACUGCAGAAGAAAGAGUGUGCAGUCUACAGUGCCAAAAUGCCCACUACAGCUUUAAGGACAACUCUACUCAACCAGUCCUGAGGAGAAGCUUCUGACCGCAAUAAUGCUUUCUCCGGCAUGGAAUGGUUCCCUUAUCGAAAAGAUCGAGGAUGAGCUACCAGAUUCUACAUUCUAUUGGCUGCUGAUAGCGUUAGCCCUGGCGAUAGCAUGGGUUGUCCACAUCACGUACUACAACAGCCGUGUCAUUGGUCUCAUCCUCACGUUCAUCCUGAACAAGUUCAUCAUAAAGAAGAUGGGGCAUAUUCAGUUUGGGUCAUUUUCCUUCUCGGUUCUUUCUGGAAAAAUCAUGUUCCGAGAUGUUCAUUUCAUGACAGAAGAUUACAGCGUAAGGGUGCAGGAUGGAUGGCUCAUAUUCCGAUGGUGGAGGCCUUACGUUUAUAAAGAUGUCAAAGAUGAUCUUUCUCAUUCAGACACGAGGGUCUCAAUCAUGUUGGAUAAUUUCGAAUUACACGUAUACAACAGGUCAGCCACUUACGACAAAAUUGAGCGACUUUUUGGGCUGGAGACUGAGAUUAUGCCGGCAAAGUACAAAGAAGAAUCGGGUGAAAGUUCAGAAGACAGUGAACAAGAUAAUGCUCGAAGAAUUAAGGAAGGCAGUGGUUUACGCUGGAGAGAUCUGAUUCCCGUCAUCAAAUUCGAUAUCGCAGGGGGUCGAUUCGUUUUUGGCAACCACCUGGUCCCGACUAGUCUCUCCGUCAGUUUUGAAGAUGCCCACAUGAUGUAUACAACUCGUCCCGCGUCGACACCUUUUGACAACUUCAUGCACUUUGUGAAAUGUAACGUGGAGAAUCUGCGAAUCAUGCUCGUGCCGAGUCCAAAGUAUAUGGGAAUGGUAGAUGAACCACCACGCUUCAUGGGCCAAGGGUUCGUCGUCAUGCAGUCGACCAACGUUGAGUUGUACUUCCACAUGGACGAUCCGGGUCUCGUCCCGCACGAGCCCGAGGUUUUACACCUCGUGGACGGCGAUGUCGUCACCAGCCCGACGUUCCCCAUCUGGGGGAUCGAUGUGAAGUGCGGCAAGGGCACAGACAUUAGUUACGGGCCUUGGGCGGACCGGCAGAGGGAACAUUUGUGGAAAUUUUUCUUCCCGGCUGACUAUGACCCGAUGGAAGUUACUCGGAUGCCGGAGCCAGGCCAGAGGAGGAUUUACAAAACAUUUGACUUCCGAAUGAACAUCUUGGCCGAGGCAACACUGGAUAUUCUCUUCACAAAAAACAAGGAAACUCAAGCCAUCCACAUGAAUGCUGGUCCAGGGUCUUACGUUGAGGUCACCAUACCGUGGAUAACUCAAGAGUAUGGCUACACGACCAAAGUUCUUGGCCAGCUUCUCCAUUUGGACGCCACCACUAGUCUUCAAUACAGGUCACUGUUGGAGUGUGAAACACUGGAGUUUGACGUUGGAAUGGCCUACCCGUCGACAUGGAAUGAGGAUCAGAACUGGACCUGUGAUCUGACAGCUUGUAAAGCUUCCGUUGUGCUCAUCUAUCACCAUAAAUACUUCUUGGCUGCCCUAUUUGACGACUGGGGAAGUCGAUCCCGGCCGGAUAUUUGUCACUUUGUUCCGUACACGUGGCACUUCAACCUCAUCAUCAAGGAAUUUGAGCUUAUCACGCUGGCGAAUGAGUACAACUGGAUUGACUGUUCAUCACAACAUCAGGAGAAUGCUCACAUUGCCUUCUGUGGUGAAAUGUUUGACCUCUCUUUCUCACUGCCGUUCACUGACUUCCUGCCAGCGACAGUCCCAGUCAAGUUCUUUAUCAGGGGCGAAUGCGUCGAUUUGCGCAUCUUCCUGCCCGAGAAUAACACUAGUCGCCACAUCAUCAUAGCCAUGUCGGAGAACAUGAAAAUUACUGACAGGGACGGCGAGCUGCUUGAUAAGACGUUUGGCACGAACGAGAAAAAGUUCAGGAACAUAACAACAAGGAGUCAGGGUUGGGUAGACUGUUGGACAACAACAAUUGCGGCCAUCAGUAUCAGUUACACGUACCACCCCACACCGAUAGUGGACGACCCCGGGCAGUAUGCGAGGGGUACCUAUCAGGAUAACGAGGCCAUGGACACACCGGAGAAAGAAGACGAACUACUGAUUCCCUUGCGUAUCAUGAAGGAUCGCCCACUGCUCAACGACAUCCCAGAAAACUUCGAUCCGACGUACAUGGCGCCGGAUACCAUUCAAGUCGAGAUCGAAAUCGGCCCGUCAACUCUGAUAGGAUACGGGACUGUAUUGAAAAAUUUCUUACACGUCAAGGAGAACUACUUCGGCCAACAUCAGAAGUUCACAGACUUUUACGAUUCGCCAAUUCUGGAUAAUAAGUCCGAGUCGAUACAUCCUGAUUCUUCGAAACCGUUUGAUCCUCGCCAUUACAGGCCGUUUCAAGUGUUUGUUUCGUUGACGUUACACGAUGUCCAUGCGCAUCUAAUCAAGAACUGUAGUGAUGACGACGCCCCCUGCCCCUCGGCCUACCUGGAGAGGUUGGGCUUUGAGUUGGACAAGAGGUACCACGAAACCAAGCUGCAGGUUCUGACGUCUCCACUGAUAUUAUGUGCCAGGGACAAUGUCGAGCGGAGCGGCCCCCAAGCUCACCUGAAGAAUGGCCACCUUGCAUUGUCGGGCCUCCAGGUGAGAGGCCAUGCCAUGUUCUCCCAUGAAGACGUGCCACUCGACAAAGAUACGUUAGAAUAUGGAUGGCUUGUUGAAGCUAUUGUCGGCGAUAUCAAAGGAAAGCUUACAGCACCUCAGCUUUCUGAUAUCACAAAGUUUGCCGAGACUUUCAUCUUCCUGGUCGAUGACGUCGAGAACGAAUUAGAAAGUCCAAUACCCUAUAAGUUCUGCCAGCAUGCCCAGCCGCAGCCAGAGUGCACGAAGUGGUCCAUGCAGAGCCAGUACAACGUCCUGUGUCCGACGGAAGGUGAUGUCAAGUACCGACUGACGAGACUGUCGGUGGAUACGGUGGACGUCUAUCUAGCGGAGGCCGGAACGGCGCUGAAUCUCCAGGUGUACCCGAUACGUCUGUCGACUUGUAAUCUUCACGGGAAGAACAACAAAGCUGGUAUUACGGCUUUGAUCCAGAACGUGAGCCUGCGACAGUUCGUCUUGGCCACGCCGACAUCCCAUGAUGUCACAAACGAAAUCUGGUUGGAGUCCGGCGCAUUUGUUGUCGGGCCGGUAAACGUGGACGCGGCAAUGGCGUUACCGUCGCCGGAGUUUCACGAAAUUCAGGACAAGUUCUUGAAGAAGCAUGACAAUAAAACACGCCGGCUGUGGUUUUUGUGGCCGCCCGAUUUAACAACCAUGCCCGCUGCAGUCGUUGGGAAGUGUGGUUGUCUUGGAGGUUGUAGGUUCUUCGGGAAUAACACGAACGGUUUGCGCUUUUUUAACCCAAGUAAAAAGGACGCAUAUGAGGGGACUAAUACUGCUGUAUUCAGGGUCCAACCGGAUGGUGCUGAUUUAGGAUUUGGACAAAGUCUCCUGCAAUCUGGACAGCUGGUGUUCGAUAUUCAUAAAAAACACUUCCCGAGAUCGCCUAGUCAUUCGCGCAGUUUCACGCUAACGCGUGGUUAUAUGAGUCGGGCGAGCCCGGCAACGCCGAAUACCAAUACGACAUUCUUGGACGAUCUGUCACAGUUGUCUCAUAGACAGCAAGCUGUUAUCGAACAGGUCAGUGACACUUCCACGUUACGCUCAAGGAGUACGAUAGGUUCUUUUUCUCGAAGUUCCAAGUAUUCGUCGCAAAUGGACAACGUGCGCCUGAAGGAAGUCGACUCCAAUAGCAUGAGCGAGUAUCUCCCGGAGGAAGAGAUGCCCGAUGCGUACGACACGGACCGCUAUAACACCACGCCGUCUCAAAGCGGUCGCAGUGGUCACAGCGGGAGCGUGACAAGCUUACCGGAAUCUGUCGCCAAAAACCGCGACCGGAAGCUAAGUGUGGAUCUUCCGCCGUCUUAUCAGCGACAGCAUUCCCAAAUCAGCCAAGGAAGUCAGAUGAGUUCGCCCUCUCCCAUGGCAAAACAUGACUCGCGAACUUCUCUGAGUACGCAUUACAGCUCCGCUCAGUCUAUAAUGCGUUCUGGUUCGAAACAGUCCAUGUCGUCGAGUGCCAGAAGUCCCAUCAUGCCCCACGCAGUUCGGUCGCAAUCCUCGUUAGUGUCGCAAGGAUCGUAUGUGAGCCGCGUCGAUUCCGGCGAAUCUUACACAGGAAGUGAACGGUUCUUUUCAGCAGACGAUGAAUUUGAUUCUCAGACGCUAACAAACAUGUCGGACACGGACAGUUUACGUCUUUUCAGUCACAGCGACCGGUCGGAUUUGACUUUGAUUGAUGGACACAGCGACAGGGCCUACCUUCACGAUGUGAUCAACAAGCACUAUUCCGCUUCCAGUUCCUCAUCGACCGCUGUGAUGGACUCCAGUACCCCGGCCGCAUCAGAAUGUUCAAUAGAAACAAACCAAUGGAAAGUUUACCCUCAGCUCAACAUCCAUGAUCGACGGCAGACAAAAUUACAAAGAACAUUCUCCGUUGACUCGAGUGACACUGCAUCAACUACUUCAUUCGUUUCUGCGAUGUCUUCUCAGGAGGAUUUGGCUGCUCUCGUCAACCUCCAUGGUCAGAUGAACCACCCCAUAACGCACUCGCCGCUGCUGACGACGUGCUACACUCAUCAUCUCACCCAGAUGCAGUGCCACUGCUGGCAGUCGGAUCAUCUCACCGUGGAGUCGUUACCUCGACCAUCUUUCACCAAGGCCGACCACGGCUCCGAUAGAACACCUACCCCCGGGUUAUCGCCUCGUUUUACCUGCGUCAGGAAGGGUUUCAGCACAAGCUACAUGAUUGAGAAACGUGAACCGUUAGACUUGCCGGACAUGGGGACCCCUGUCAGUGAUGUGAUGUCAGAACCUUGGGACAGCAGACCUGGGGAUACACCAGAAAGUGCACCAGGACCAGCAGAUUCAAGCUUCACAGUCGAGGAUAAAGUGUCAAAGACGACAGCUAUUGUAAACCUGAAGGGAUCGGUGGACAUCCUUGUCUCGCCUCUGCUGCUCGAGUCGAUGCAGAGAUAUGUGGAGGCGGUCACACCGAGUAUCAUCAAUGCCCAUCCUUCCGCAAUCUUGGACAAGCUCCACAAUGCCAGCUCAAGUCGUGUUCAGUCCCAGCACAAAUUGAAGAAGGAAAAGCUGCUGUUGGAAGAACAACAGCAGGCAAAUGCUCGAGAGAAGGCGCAGAAUCGGAAGCUCUCACAGGGGGAGGAGGAAGAUAAGGGCAAGGAUAGCGGCAAGACAUCCAGGAUGCAGGUCAUGUUCUCAUUAUCUAAGAUCAACAUCUGUGUACUGCAAGCGUCAAUAGUUGAAGAAGUCAUCAGUUUCUCUGCACUGGAGAACAUCCGUGAUCUCACGUGCGUCUCGAUGAUGGCCAUCUGUGUGGAUUCGAUCACGUGUCAGCUUCUCACGAAUAAUACGUCCAGCAAGGCCCUGGAGGAGGGACAGGAUGGAGGAGUCAGAAAAAUGAGCUCACUGCAGUCUGGGGGCAAGAAAAAUGUUACAGUUGACAGUGAUGAGAAGUCUCCGGAGACUCAAACAGAGGAUAUGGUCGGCAACCUCCAUAUCAAGAGGAUCCACGCCCAACUCCGGCGGAUGACCAAGAACAGUAACUUCUCUCAGGAUGUCGUCCUCACUGCAAUACCUGAACAUAGGUCCAAGGUACUCUUCACGUUUGACAAAGACAACCUUUCGUCAGACACUGAUCAAAGUUCUCAAAAAACGAGCAGUCGGUCAGGUCGGAGGGGUUCCGACACACUCGUUAAUACAGCCGCCACCCCCAACACCGGCUUCAUCAUGUUCGAAUGCGGUAUCGAGGACAUCAAACUCAAGGCGGUGAAACGGAGCGGAUACAGUCCACCGGAGGGGAAAGAUGAUGGAGACAACAUCUCGGAUCAUGUUCAUUUCAUGGUCGAGACGGCAGACGAAUUAAAGGUUCCUGGUACGGGAAAAGAGGAUGAUGUAGAGUCGUGGCAGUCCAGAAUCUCAAUACCAUCGGAUGCAUCCAGUGAAGCGGAUACCUUGGUACCUCCUGAUCCGUUGGAAGGAGAUGCGUCGAGCGUUGUUCUCGAGUUCAAGAUGUCCUGGUUCAACUUUGCUGCUCCUCCACCUAUGCCUAACAAGAGAAAAGUGGAUUUCACAAGACUGGAUUGGAACUUGUUGAGUUCUGCCACCCCUGCCAUCAACGCUUGGAUGAACCCCAGCGAUCGUCUGCUCGUCGCCGUCAAAACCCUCCUUGGUGGAAACAGGAAGCGUACAACGUCUGUCAUGGCUUGCCUCAUGACUGAAGCUCUUGAGGAGCAGAGGAUCCACAUGCCUUAUAAGAGCCGUUACAACAAAAAUACAACAUUCUCCAAGGCGCUCCAGGAGGACCCGUCUUGUCAAAUCUUCGCCGUUCUUCGGCGUUAUAUCGCCAUGAAACCAAUCAAGGAGAUUGAGAAAUCGCUAGAUAACGACACUAUUCCUAAGCUCAUCACCCUACAAAAGGGCAUCCUGGCUCUUACAAGGCAAUGGAAAAACAUAUUGUACAUGCCCAUACUUGCAGAGGCGAAUUUCAAAUCCAGAAGAACCCUUGGGCCGUACACAGUGACUUUUGCUGUUCCGGAAUGUGGAAGUGUCGAUGAUUUAGCAGCAGAUCCGGAAUACGCUGCAGACAAUUUUGUUGAUGAUGACGAACAUACGUCACUUCUGCUGGAAAAUCUUCAAUUUAGAGCGGCCUCUGUGCCGAGCAUUUCACUCCUAGGUGAAAAGUCUGAACCAGACUUAGCAGCUGGGGAAAGUGCCAGGAAUCUAGAUUCGCCGACGCUGUCGCCCAAGAAGAAAAUGCAGAGCAAGUCCGCCGUUCCGAGGGCAAGUAUUGCCACCGCUUCACCCUACGCUGGGGCGGAGUCGCCUGGUCAUCCUGCAGGGCGGAGCUUGUCUGUCCCGAUCGAUCCUGGAAAGAUGAGACGAAACGAAAGUGCGGCGAGUUUCAUAUCCGUUGCAAGCUCAUUGGAGAAUGACGCUAUGCCGACGACGCCGCCUGGUGGCACCCCAGUAAGACAGACACUGGCCAAGAAACUUACCAAGAUCGAACAACGGGACGAUGAAGAUUUGUAUCGAUGGAUGGUACGGCAGCAGGAUUAUACGAAGAAGGGCGGUCUACCGACGGUGAAUCUACGCUCUGAUGCAUCCAUCGGAGCCGAGUCCGUCGGUCGGACCAUGAUGAGUCAAUACAGCCACGACGACAGCCAGGAUUUCUUCUUCCAGCGGAAAUACGCUGCCUCAGCCGCGCUGCAACUGGCGGACGCCCAGGUUCUGUUCCGGCCGUUAUUGGAGAGCAUCGGAUUACACAUCCGCGGCGUCAAGUCCUCGUCUUUGAUGAAGAAGUUUGGCGGUCACUUAUCACUGCAGGGAUGCUUGCAUAGUCUGAGAAUUGACAUUGUCGACUCGGACAUGAAUUCAUUGAAGAAGACUAAGGGUAAGGGAAAACAGACAAGAAAAACUCCUCGAAUUACCAUCGACUAUUCUUUGGAUGCGCCAUCGUUUCUCUGCGAGAGUUUCACGGUGGGUUUGUCGAUGAAGGAUAUUGUGGACUUUGAGAAAGAUAAGGAGGAGGGGAAGGAGGAUAGUGCCAGAACGCUGCCCGGUAUCCCGAUGGACGAAUUAGAGGCAAAGCCGACGACAACUCAGGUGAACUUCAGCGUCAACUGCAACUCGAUAUCACAGCAUGUGAACAUGUCACUGCUUCGCCUCGUGCACCAGUUUGUCACCAUGAUCGACAACAUCAACGAAACACGCGUUGAACUGAAACAGAAUCGUCCAGAGUCGGAAAAUUACAAAAGACACCGGAAACAGGGUUCAAAAGGUUCGUCGACGGGCACGGAGAGUCAGAGUAUUCGUUCCGACUCUAAGACUCCAACUACAAGUCCGUUAGGUGAUUCUAGUCAUUCUGACGAUACCUUAAAGGCAGCUCCAAAAUCGGCCUCGAAAGCUCAAGAGAGACCGGAUAAACUUCCGCUAACGACGAGAGCGAAAACUUCGCCGAAGAGGUUUUCGUUGCGUAAAAGGUUAGAGUCUGUGGGAGAGGGCAUUGGAAUUCAGCUAAGUCACUUUGGGCAAAAGAGCAGUGGAAUGAGUACGUCUGCGGCGAACACGACUCAGUCGCCAUUAGUCUCGAUGCAAUCCGUGGCGAUCGAUAUAAACGAUACCUCGUCCCCUGCGUUGGCGGAAAAGACAAUAGUCGACGAGAUCAAAGAGAUCACGCCGAAAUGUUGGUGUACUCUGUACCAUCUCUUGGAGUUGUAUUCCACAAUGCCGGAAAUGAAAACGGUUGUCCGGCGCCCGCACAGUAUGAAUCGUCUGCCGGUUAUCACGGAGGAGUCGGAAAAGGAUCAGUCGUCGCUCAGUAAGACGAACUCGUUCGUACAGGAUCGGCCUGGCGACGACAUUGAGAUGGGCACCAAGAAGAGCAAGCUUAAGCAUACAUCUUCUGUGCGUACUGGACCUCACACUACUCUACCCAUUGGGGCAUUCACACAGACCUUCUUUAUCGGCGAAAGAAUCCCGCUGGUGAUAUUCGGAAUGGGCAAGGUCAAACGGACAAACAUCUCCGCGGCCUUGAGCGGCCUGAAACUAGAAGCUCGCGUCACCAACAUAAGCGCUAGCUCCACCUAUCGGGAGAAAGUUAAAGGUGUGCCGAAUAGGAAAUCGAGUGAAUUCUCGACGAUGGCGUAUGUCGGUCACACGAUGAUUGAACUUCUGGAGGGAGUGCAGAACCAGAUGCAAACCGUUGUCAGCGUCAACAUCGCAAAGUCCAGCGGUCUUUUCACGCGGAUGGCAAAACGUUCCAAGGAGCAUAACUCCUGUUACAUCACCGUUGGCAACAUCAACGUCAACAUUCCUCAGCACCCUGUCGUCCUACACGGCAUGAUGACGAGAAGCUCCAAAAAGCUCUCCUCCACACUGCAAGAGUUCAUUAGGAUACAACCGAGACCAAAGCCACCUUCAACGGAGCCGUUGGACUCCCACACCGCUCAGCCACCACCACCAGAGUUUGCCAAGCCACAGCAGCCUGUGAAGGAAGCCGCUGCCUCCAAACCAUUUGUGGUCAAUUUCAAGGGCUGUCUUCAGGGCUUAGGAAUCGAAGCAUCUCUGUUGCCUUCUCUGAAAGCACAAUACACAAUCGGCAAGGUGAACAGUUCAGGUGUUAGCGGCAAGAAGGCCCGCUUCGUCGUGGAAUUCGCCAAGCACACUCUGAGCUUCGAGUCGAAGAUUUCCACACCAGAGGCACAUCUUCCAUCCCAAGCUAGCAUCGAGCUGCCUCCGUUUCACCUACGAGCGGACUAUUGCGUCCAGGAUGGCGGGGAUACUAGGGAUAAUAACAGUCCCGAUGGCUUGAUGGAGGGGCUCGUCCUGAGGGAGGGGAACUACUUUGACGCUGUGGCGGAGGUGGGGUCGUUUGAACACAGCCUGACGACGGAUUUGCUCAAUCAUCUUGUAUUUGUGCAGAAGGUCUUCAUGAAGGAGGUGAACGAGGUCGUCCAGAAAGUGUCCGGUGGGGAACAGCCGGUGCCCAUCUGGAACCAGGAGGGCAAGAGAGUGACCAAGGAUGGACCAAGGCUCCUCUAUACGCUCAAGUUUAGGCUGAAGGGUAUUCAGAUUACUGCCACCACUCCCACCUCCAGUGCUGUCCGACUCGAAACUGGUGUGAUCGAACUGGAUCUCUCCAACAGGGUGCAGACCGCCAGUGCUGUUGAUAAACAUAUUCAUGGGAGUCAUUUGAAACUGUUUGGAAAGGCCCAAGUUGACCUGAACCUCGCUCUUGGACAGCUCAUCAAGAAUCCAUUGUUUGAAGAGGCAGAACCUGAGUUCACUACCGUGGCGUUCUUCAAGACAAGGAUUGGUCUAAGGAAUGCCUUACAGGAUGAGAUGAUCACUGAAACGACAGACGACCAGGAGGCAUUGCUGAUCACCCUCACGCGGCCAAUCAUAUUCGUCCAGCCCCACGCCUUCGACAAGGCCGUGCUCGUCUGGUUGAAUUACAAAAGCGCGUAUGACUAUUGGAAUGAACAGAUGAUUGCAUUGAAUAAAGAGGCCCAAGCUGCCACUCAGCACGUGAUUGACAAGCACCCCACUGCGGCCAGGACAGAAACCCCGCAGCAGCACGACCCGGACAAACCUAGUUCAGCUCUCGGCACCCUGUUUCUCCAGGUGACCGUUGACGACCUGGGCAUCUGUUUACCAUUGACGGUUAUGUCACCAGGUAUGACUCCGGCUGCAACGAAGACCUUGGAUAGUGAACCUGGAGCAGCUGUGGUUCUCACUCUUGAGUCAACGUCAGUCUCGGCAUGCUCAAGUGGUUCUCUUGUCAGCAAGGGGAAAUUCACUGGAUUUUGCCUGCGGUUCGCGCAUGACUUCGAGACAUCGUGGGACGACUGGAAGCCAGAUGUGGACACGGAGAACGGCCUCAUCAUGAAUUCUCUCAACGUUCCCGAGGGUACCUACGAGGUGUGCUCACGGACAACUAAUAAGCAAGCUACAACAGCUGAUGUGGUGAGUAACGCCAAAUGGAUCCUGAACAUCCUGUGGCAGAUGAAAGGUCUCGACGUCCACUUGGACUACAACAUCGGCAAGCGCCUCAAUAUGAUGUUUGAUACGCUGACAUCGAUCGCGACCGACGAACAGGAUGUUGAUGUUGAUGAGACAGUAGGGAGGCAGCCAAUGACGUUUGAGGCUGAGAUCCGAGAACGUAAGAUCAACCAGUACAAGGACUCACUGCCCGAGUUUGUUUACGACACAAAGCUCGACUACAAGACUCGAGUCCGCUUGAUACAGAAGGAAAUGGACGAACAGGCGAAAAUAGUUUCAGAUUUCCGGCAACUUGGGGCCAGUCAAGGUACAAUCGAAAUUGAGACCAAGAAGCUGCGUGACCUGGAGGCAGCCGUCUUUCAGGACUUCAGAAGAGAUGUCAUGAAGAAGCUACAGAAGAAGAGGGAAAAGGCAACAGCGCUCAAAGACAAGCUCGGUUUAGGGUACAAGCCGGCAUCGCAUUACAGAUCUCGGUCAAUUGGCACGCAUCCAAGCUUUGUGCCAACGCCGUCCAAGAAACGUGAAAGGCUGCGCUUAUUUUCUGAAGACAUUUCACUCAUUCGUAACUUGGACUUCGAGCGGUUGGCCAGCUGUGAUGAAGAGGUCGAAUACGAACUGUACCAUGGCCCGCAUCGGGCCAUGUCCAUCGAUGUACCCCAAGCGUAUCUUGGGAUGCAACGCGUCACUUUUGACGACCACGCCGUUUUGACUGAAUUACCUGAUGACCCCUCUGACACCCUAACUGUUGACGAUCACACCACAUUCAAUACCAGUUUCAACGAGGCCAACUCCACUCGCCCUCCAAGGAAAAGGUUAUCCCUCCAAGAUAUUCUGGCCUCGAGCAGUGAGAGUUCGUCAGAUGAAGAGCCGGAUGAUUAUCUCAAGACAGAAGCCCCUGCUGAUCCAUUCCAAGAGCCGCCAAUAAAAGACAAAACUCCCGACAGUCAGUCUGCUAACAGUGGUGGUAGCGGAGGCUCAGGGUCGGGUUCAGGGUCACAGAGAGCGGCCGUGCCAGAGCCCAGCGUCGACUUCGAGGUGGACAUCAAGGUGGAGGUGGAGAGCGGAAAGUGGGUGCUGCAUCCGAAAAACGUCUCCGAGGACGAGCCACCCUUGUCGGCUAAGCGUACUGGUAAAAAGGAUCGACCCUCCUCUGGCGAAUUCAAUGUGCUUGCCUCACCGGUGUUACCUAAAAAGAAAGGAGCCAAGAAGGGAGACAUACCCCAGGUUCCAUCGGCGUCGAAACUCACAGUCGGGGGUGCGGGGCAACCAGGCCAACAGCAGCAAAAACCACAGAUUGAGAAUACGGUCUUCUUUUUGCCUGGAGUUGACAUCAAGGUGCACUACAACUCGAAGACAACCGACGGACCAGCCGCCCCAGCACCUGUCGUUCACUACGGGGCGAACGUCGGCCAGACGUCAUCGGAAGGACGAGUGACCUUUGACGUCGAUGACAACAAUAAGGACGACUCCAGUUCGUUGAGUGGUGUGAACAAGCGAGGCACUCUCAAGAAGGCUAACCUGUAUGCUUGGCUAUCCCUGCAGAAGUUGCCUGAGGAGAUGAUAAUCAGUCCAGCACUGCUAGACUUCCUCGAGCAGGCCUUAGAGCCAGUGGAGAUUUCAACUUUUUCGAACUAUUAUGGCGCUAAAACAAAGGAGUCGGCUACCGACUUUGUUCCAAACAUCAUAAACAUGGACAUGGAAUCUUCCAGCGCGUCGCUUGGCUCUUCUGGUUCAUACGGAGCCUCGUUCCCAGUAGACGUUGUUGUAUAUAUCCGCGUACAGCCGUCAUGCAUCCGAGCAAACUGCCUGCCUGUAUCCAAGGUUGAGUGUUUACUCCGUCUGCCAUCACUAGACCUGGUGUUCUCGACAAAGCGGUCCGACGUUGAGGCCAACAUGAUCUCGGAUGGCACACCACCUACAAAAAUUAAAACUCGUCCCAGUAGUGCUGGUUCCAGCCGCGAACGCAACCUAAGUGGGCGAUCGCAGAGGGGGCGCGCCCGCCUGCCAAGUGGUACUGGAGAAACUGCCAUGGCUGGUGGGGGCCUGAGCGUGACAGGAUGCCUAGCAGAUUUCUCGCUCUACAUUUUCCAUCCGUACGGCGGGCACAAGAAGGGCAACCUUGCAGGAUAUGGGCUGACACCUGACAUCGACACUUCCUCAUAUGGUGCGGAGACGGGCAGGAAGGACUCCUUGAGUCUGAAUGUGGAGUUUGUCAAAGUGAACAUCUCGCGGAGUCGGAAGGGCUUGUCGACUGAUACUGUUCCACUCAAUACUAGUCUGUCGAGUGGGAAACUGAGCGCGGGAAUCGAUGCCAAACCUACAAAUUGUGUUCGAUUCUCAGCUGUGUGCGACGUCGGGUCAGCCGCCUUCAAAUACGACAUGCGACGUCUGCCUGAGAUUCUUGCCUUCCCCAAGGCCUGGUAUCGCCGCAGCCUCGCCCGCCGCCUGUUCCUGGGAGAGAGCAACUUGCCCAUGAUGAACGACUCAGUACGGUUCACAAGGGCACCGUCCCUCUCAGAUGAUAGUUUCUUCUCAGACUUGGAUGAUUCUGACGAGGACAGCAUCUCGUCGCCGUCGCCAUCCUCGACCCCACGGAGCCCCAUGGAAUCGCCCCAGAGGCGACACAAAGUCCAGCGUGCGCACACCACAGCCAGCAUGAACAGGUCGGCCGGGGAUGAGAACACGUUAAAUUUCACUCCGAAGCAUCAUCGCCGAGCUUCGUCGGGGGAUAAGAAUAAAGUCAAGCUGAAUUUGGACCUGAAAGAAUUGGCAGGACUCAAGAAGAAGACUCCAACUCCAUCCUCUGCACCUCAAACACCGCAUCCCGAUCCAUCCAGAUACAACCAAAAUCAGGCCACGCCAACCCUCACCAAGCGUCAAGUCCAAAUCUUGACACCGGAGAAGAAACCGACGACUUCCACACCAGGGGCCAAAUCCACCUCCAGUCAUUCCAGCAGCAGCGUGUCGUGGGAGACUCUGGUCUUAUUCGCGGUGAAUCUGUCCAGGCUGGAUGUCCAUGUGAACAUGGGGAAUGUCAUGGGUAAUAUGAUGUGGCUGACGCAGGAUCUGCGAUCACAAGGCCGACUCACCAUGGACAGCAGAAGUCAUAAGAACAUGAAGAUUACUGCUGGGCUCGGUGGAUCUAACCUCGAGGCAAAGGGAGGUAUUGUUGGUGGGUCAGUGGAUCUUCAGCAGAUUGAACUAUCAGUUCAUGUGUGUGAGGACCCAGACCAAGAGCCCGACCAUAGAGUUGGUGUCAAGAUGUUUGCGCUUGAGUCAAAGUUAGACUACAUGGGCUCGAGCAUCAUGAUGGUCAGGAUGUCUCUUUUAGACUUGUUGUUCAGCGACGAAUGGAGGACAGAGAUUAAGAAGUAUACAGAUGAACCGCUUGCUACCACAAGGCCAGCAUUGAUCUUCAUCCACAGCGACCUAGCAUGGGACAAAUUCCACAUGAUGAUCUCAAGAUCCACCACGCCCGAUUUACUUAAAAUGGCCACCAAACUGGAGGAGUUCUUCACGCAGCAGUUUGACAGCAGUCGUCGGGUUCUAUCAACCAUGGGGUCCAUACCAGCUGCAGCGGCUGCAAGACUCAAGCACCUGACACAGAGAAACCCAGAAGAAGCUAACCGUCUCGGCCGUCAUCACCGCCACUGGCAAGACGUCCUGGCAAGGCUGUCCGGCUGCAAGCUCUCCAUGUUGGCCACACCGCUGCCAGAGCUAGGCACGAUCAUAGGUGGCGCUAUAAAACUCCAUGGCAACGACAUCACGCUGGCCUGUUUCCAUGGCAUCAACUUCCGAUCGAAGCACUGGGCGCUGUUUACCAUGAAGGAGCCGAACAUCGCUUUUGACGCCGAGGUGCAGAGCAUUCGAGCAAAUGAAUCAGCCGACACACACAUUGUCCAGAACCUGUCUUUCCACCUCGGUCACAAGGUCCAGUCGCGUGCGUCCGGCGACCGUCACAUGGCGACCAUCAGCCGCCUCUCUCGAAGCCACUACAUGCCGCAGCCGUUCACGUCGGUGUCGGAAUGGUUCCAUUAUGCGUUCUCAUCAUCAGAGAUCAAAGAUCUCGACAACUUCCCCCAGAUGCAGCAAAAGUUAAGCAUGGCGGAGGGAUCAACUAGUCCGACUGAACGUCGUGCGGGAAGCAAGAAGUCGACCAUCUAUAACCACGACACGGAGGUCAUCUUCGCGAUUCCGUUACUGCAGAUGGAUCUCAAGACAGAACAUCUUCAGGAGGAAAGUGAACCGGACCUUGCGGGGGAGAAGCCUGUGGUUGAAUGCAGCUUCGUAACAGAGUUUGCCAACCACAUCUUCGUCUCGAUGGAUGCUGAAGCGAUUUUGUUCAUCCAUGACUUGGUCACUGCCUACUUAAAGGAGAAAGAAAAAGGGGUGCGACAUUCUGUGACUGGCAUGAAGGGUGUGAGGUCACCAGAACUGGACAGGAAGGCUGCAGAGAGCGGUACAAUCCUUCCUGACUUCAGAGAAUUUGAGUGUAAAACUUGGCAGAUGGAACCAACAGUCAGGCUUGUAUCCUGGGCAGGCAACAAGAUUGAUCCCGUAGGAGUGGACUACAUCCUUCAGAAGCUCGGCUUCUCCCACGCCCGCACCACGAUUCCCAAGUGGAUGCAGAGGGGCACCAUGGACCCAUUGGAUAAGAUCCUUUCCGUCCUGAUGGACAAACUCAUCAGAGCGCUACAGAAGUCAGAGGAUGAGGAGAGAAUUGAGUUGUAACAUGACUAUCGAUCUUGCAAAUGAAAUUUUUUCCUACACCUUGACUCGAUCAUAUUGCUCCAAUACCAUAUACCCUAGAAAUUGAUUUGGAGUUCUGCAUUCCGGUAGGUACACAGAGACUUGGCCCACUUCAGCUGGUCUCAUUUCGAAUAACUGUUAAUUGGUUUUAAAAACAUGCAUCAGUUAUCAAUUAGAUUUUAGUUGGGAGCAAGCGAUUCUCCAUUCUAGUCCAGUUAUAUUUUAACUAACAGUGUUCAACAGAACUUUUUCAUAUUCAGAAAUAUUAUCUCUUCAAUAAUGAACCAUGAGGCUGCUGCUAAUUUCUUUUAUCAUGUACUUUUCACGAAGACUCAGCUUUUCCAAUUUAUAUAGCCGUGGACAUGUAUGUAUCAAGUUUGAAGCAUUUUAAUUGUUUUAUAUAAAAAACAGUUGUAAAUAUUUUGUAAUUAUUGUACGAUAUGAGUGAUUAUUUUACACAUUUUAUGUGUCAAAAUUAGGUAAUUUGAAGAUGUGCAAAUGCACCAGUGACCCGCAAGUUUAUUAUCGAAGGGGUGCAUGCAAGAAUCCACUAACCUAUAUACUAAGUAUUGGUCAUUUUGAAAAAAAGCAGCUUUAAGCACAUUUGCACUUACCACAAGAUACCAGAUGAAAAAAUUGCCACCAGUGACGUCAUCCAGUGACAGUCCAGUGCAUUUGGCAUUUUGUACUUACAAGUACUGGGUUCUUACUUACAGUUUAACUGCUGUUUAAGGCAUAUUGUUUUUUGGGGGGGGGGGGAAAUUCAAUGUCUCAAGUCUGGUAUGUACGUUGUUCAGCAAUGUUGUCGAUUUCAAUCAAUAGAGGGGAGUCUGAUAGAGAACCAUGAAAUCGAUUUCGCCAAAAGUCUGGUUGACUAAGUUUUUUGCAUGCAUCCACUCAAUUCAAGUCUGUCAAGUACAUAUGUGCGUACCAGUAUGUCAACAAAUAGUUGAAAUUACGUCGUAAUUUGGCCUCGGAUAUUUUCAUAUUUUGCUGUGCUGGUAUCAUGUGCAAUAAUUUGUUUAUUGGUCAAUAAAAUAGGUAUAGAAGAACUGUAGGUACAGUAUAAUUUCGAGUGUCAAAUCAUUGUGAAAGAGUAAGUAAGUUGAAAAGUUUCUAUUUACUUGUAUCAUGAGCUGCAAGAUUUUCUUGGAAUACAUGCAGUAGAUUGUAAAUUGUAAAUACGGCUGUCUGGUUCUUCUGAAAUUCUAAAUAAAGUUGUAAAGUACAUGUACAUGUAAAUGCAUGUAAAUGUAAUCAAAGGAAGCAUUUUUAAAUUAUGUAUACUUAAAAAUAUAUGGCUUAAAAAUUGGUUGCGGCCGAAAAAGGUUCUAUAUUUUGUUGUACAAUGUCUGAUUAUAUGCAGAUGCAGGAGUACAAAAAUCAUAGGUUUAGUAGUACCUCUCUAUUGAGGACACCCUCGGGACUGGCAAAUUCUGUCCUUAAUAGGGAGGUGUCCUGAUUACAUAGGUCAAGCUGUAUACAACCGACCCAUUUGGGACCAAGGCAUUGUCCCUAAUAGAGAGGGUCCUGCUAUGAGAGGUGUCUUAGGGAGGUUCAACUGGACAUGCACAGUCGUUUAAAGUUACAUGUAGUUCUUGGCCUCUGGCCAUAAUAAUAAUAUAUUGUUUUCUGUAUUGUCUUUAUUUUGUAGUCUGACUUCUGAAGUGGAGGACGUAGCAAGUAGCAAGCAUAAAAUGCACAUUGAGAUAGUUUCUAAAAAUAUUGGGCAACUUUCCAGUUGAGUGUUUGUAAUAUAAUAAUACUGUAUGAUGAUAAAUGAAAAAUUUUAUAGUGCUUUUCCAUGGUGAAGUACUUUGCUCAAAGCGCUUUGGGAAUAUUAUUAAAUGUGUUCAGUGAACUUCUCGUGGUUUUGGUGAAGGGCCUAUAGUGGUUGACCUAAUGUACAUUGUAGUGAGUAGUAGAAACCCAAAUCUUCCUUAUGUACGUAGCUGUAGUUAUGCAUCAAAUUUGGCAGGGUACACAUCGUCUUGGGUUGCUUAAUAAACCGUGUUUCUCUUUUGGAGUACAGCACUUGCCAAAGAUUCUUGAGUAUCUUGAUAUUAACCGGAAAAAAAUUACAGGAGAAAUCCUCAAAAAAAGCUGGAAUUCAAAUACAAAUAUGCAACUAAAUUGUAUUUGCAGUCAAAUCGAACAACAGAAUAUUUUUAUUGGCAUAAUUUGUUUUUUCAAGUUAGUCUCGUCCCAAAACUCACCAUUUCCCAUAUCAUGAAAAUUUCGAAUUUAAAGAGGUUUUCCCAUCACGCAACAAAUUUUCAUCUAAUUUAUUAUCAUGGUUUAUAUUUUGUAUCAAUACCACAUGAAGAAGGACAAGGCAGAAGAAGGGAUUUUGUUUCAAUUUAUUUAUUUCCAUUUAUUCAGGAGAAAUAAUAUCAUGUCUUUUAAGGUGUGCGGGUAGAGCAGAUAGAGGUAUCUUUUGUCCUUAAAAUACCCUUUUCUCUUGUUCUUGAAGAGCUUAUAAAAGUUAGUUGGUAAAGCUGAGAAUAUCCUGAGGUGUAGGAUUAACCAAGGUCCAUGUAAAUUACAUGUAUAAUGUAUUGUACGAUGUAUGGUUGUGAUGGUCUACACUUGCAUAACUGACGUUUAUACAAUGACUUUGUGAUAUCAGGUUUGAUGAAGAAAUAAAGAUGUUUAAAUAGCAUGAUAGCUUCAUGGAGGCAAUUAAA